AGGCUAUGGCUAUAGUCAUGAAAGAUCUCUUAAAAAUCCGACCAACGGAAGUAAUCAACAAUUUUAAGCCAUUGACUUAGUACAAAUAGUGGAGACUAGACUAUGAUCUUCCUUCAAAUAGUAAUAACAAUCGUCAUUGUUAAUUUCUAUGCUGACUGCUUGACAAACUUAAAACAUUUCGAGACAUUUAGUGAGAUUAGUGUUACCACUCGAGUCAAAAGAUUCAGCGGAAGCGCAGUACUGACCAAGGACGUAAGCUUUACAAUGUUUGGAAGAGAUUUCCAUUUGAGUUUAAAGUCUGGUGCAUCUGUGUUGACCAGUGACUUCCAAGCGUAUAUUGUGGAUCCUGACGGAAGAAAGGAGUCUUACAGAGUUGACCAGAGUAGAUUGUAUACAGGAAUCCUUCAAGGUAAAUCCAGCACCUAUGUGAAUGCCUAUGUUGUGGAUGACUUAUGGUCUAUAAAUAUACUUGAUGAUAACGAGACAUUUGCUGUAGAGCCUGCAAAUCUUUUGUUGAAUGAAUCAGAAAAUCCAAGCAACCAUUUGUUUGUGGCUUACAGAAUUUCAGACUUUAAACAAGAGUUUGGAGAGUGUGGCUUUGAAUUACCGGUACUUAGUGAUUAUGAAGGCUUAAAGUAUAACAGUACAUACAGACUGACAGAUCAUGAAGGUAACAGCAGUCGACCUAGACGUCAUGCUAAAGAGCAGGUGUGUGAGCUGUGCCUUGUGGGGGAUUAUAGUUUAUAUGAUGGCCGCUGUAAAAAGAAUCAUGCUAUUUGUUUUUCUAUGCUGAUUAAUUUUGUAGAGUUUGCUGAUGAAGUCUAUACAUCCUCCAUCUUUAUUGAUUCACAAGACGGCUACCUCAAAUUGGGUGUUCAGGUGAAGCUGAUCUUACUGUAUUCGACAGCAACUAAAAAAUCAAGCUCCUUUAAUGUUCCACAUUUCAAUGAGCCCGAAAUGACCUGGACUCCAGAAACCUUUUUGGAUUCUGUCUCAUUCUACAUGGCCAUGGAGAAAAGACAAUUGUGCCACACCCAUAUCUUCACCAGCUAUGCCAUGCCUGAACAUGUCUUAGGCUUGUCCUAUCUUUUAGGCUUUUGUAGCAAGCCUACGACAAAAGGUUUGCUAUCAACAGCAUUCUCUUCAAGUAAAGACAUUAUAGUGGGUCAUGUUACUAGCUUACAAUUCAAUUUAGUUUUCAUUCACGGUCACAAUUUGGGAAGUUAUCAUGACCCAGUCACUGAAGAGUGUGCGCCAGAAGAUUCUAGUGGUGGCAAGUAUGUGAUGUGGCAACGGAGCGUCAUGGGUACACAAUCCAACCACAAGAAAUUCUCCCCUUGUUCUUUAAAAGCUAUAGGAAGAGCAGCAGAAGAUUACAAUUGUUUGGUUGAGAGAAGCUCAAUGGAAUCCCUCUGUGGUAAUGCGGUUGUGGAGAAAGGUGAGCAGUGUGAUGCAGGGGCUGAAGGAACCACAGGAACUGAUCCUUGCUGCUCUGCUUCCUGCGAAUUCAAACCACAAGCAAUUUGUAGUGACAUUAACGAUGGAUGCUGCCAAAAUUGUCAGGUAGCACCAAACACUAGCAGCUGUUUGGUGUCUGUUGUUAAUGACUGCAAAAUUGACAGCUAUUGCAAUGGCCAAAGUAAGGUGUGUCCACCUCAAGGUAUACUUCCGGACUGGACACCUUGUUACAAUGACGGUGCUUGUCAUGAUGGAAACUGCUUCGGCUACUGUGAAAUGAAAUCAUUAGUCAUGAAUUUGUCCUUGAAAGUCUGCUUGUGUCAAGGAGAUCUUCAUGCAUGUCAGAGGUGUUGUUACGAUGAUUCUAACCCACAGAAUCCUGGCCCUUGUGUCAACCACUCGGAAUCUAGUAUGCCAGAUGGUAUGCACUGCUAUCGAGGAUUUUGCCAGGACGGUGUGUGUGAGGUGUACCAGAGUAAAGUCAGGAGUAUUUACUCCUACAUUAUUUCAUUAAGGACCUCUGAACUUGUCAAGUUUAUGAGAACCAACAUAGUAUUAACUGUCAUGAUUCUGUCCAUCUUUAUUUGGGUGCCUUCAUCUUACCUAAUUGCUCGUUGGGAUAGGAAGUGGGCUGAGGAAGAAGAAGAUGAAGACUUCAGAUUCCGCCAUGCCCCAAGUGAUCAAUGGUAUGACAGAAGAGUUAGUAGUUCAUUGGAGACUUGCCUUUUUUAUAAUACAGAUAAACGAAAAAGUGCCAGCAUUAAACCUAUCCUUAGAAAGGAACAUAGUUUUUCCAGUGAUGAGAACUCUGAAGAAUGUUUAGACCCUGUAAGGAAAGUUUCAUUUUCACACAAACUUCGCUUUGCGCAUUUCGCAGAGGAUGUGGAAUAAAUGGCGAGAGACAAAACAAAAACAUAAUUAUCUAAUAAAUAAAACUCAGAAUGUUACUUUGCUUCUUAACAUUGAUUAGAAUCCAGUUAAUUUGUUACAAAAUCUUUUGCUAGUUUUAAACAAAUUUGCAUGACUUGUCUUAGUUGCCAUUAAACCUUCCUGUUGCUAUUAUUAUCAUAGACUUGAUAUCAAAUGAUAGGCUUCAUAUCAUUUAUAAUUUGUAUUUGUGUCGCUUAGACUUUGUUCUACUUUGAUUAUUGUUACACCCUAACACAUAUGUUGUCAUUAUACAUACAAUGUUUCAGGAAUUCUAAAGUCAAAAUAAAUUGUGUAAAAAGAUGAAAAA